ACACUGUUCCACAGCUGUUCCAAUUAGCAAUUUCCAAAUACUAUUCAUCUCUCUCACACACACACACUUUGGAUAGCGGCAAUCCAUAGCAAAAGGAGGAAUGGUAUUGUUUUAUAUUUGCAGAGAAAAUUAUGAAUGCGGGAGUUUUUCUUUUCGUGGAUGAGUGGAUAAGUUAUUGUAGCGGGCGGCCCCAAUGCAAUAGCUGACGAACUGAAAGUUUUGUAUGUAAUAAGGUAGCAUAAAAGAGUAAUUGAAGCGGUGAAAAGGUGUGGAGCAGAAUCGAAUGAGCGCUGAAAAGGACAGAAUAAAAAUUCCGACAUUGAAUAAGACUUUUGCAUUUUGCUUUUAAAACACACUCUUACGCUGGAACAAUAAAAAUUGCACAAAGUGAAUUCAGUAAAUUGUUGUUUAAGUUGAAACUUCCUUAAAUUGUAUGCGAAGAAAUUAUUGUAAAAAUGCAAAUGUAGUAAAUUGAACAGAACUGAAGAUGCGAUUACGGGCAGAUGAAAUCUUCUAGGGGCAAGGGGUACGAGAACUCAACCUAGUGUGCGUUUGUGGCGAAAGUGACGGUGGAGCGGGUGCGCAUACCAUUGUUUUUGUGUAGUGCUGGUGUCAAAGUGUUUAUUUUUGGAUAAAAUAUAAAUAUAAAACAGAAUUGAAAAUGCCAAAUACUGAAAGCAUUAACUUAGCAUUCUUUAAGAUUUAGCUAGUAAAGGAGAAGCGGAAGGCAACGAACUUGUGAAAUGAACAGAUCAAACAAAUAUCGCAAUAGAAAUUGAGUGACUUUUGUGAUUUUUAUAUUGCAAUUUUUUGAAAGAAAAGGCCAUCGCAAACGUUAAAGGAAGUAGUGAGUCCACAAUGGCAACUGAGAAGUUACGCAUCACGUUAAACAACCCAGAAAAAGUAUAUUCUGCUGGCGAAACAAUAAAAGGCGAAAUUUAUAUAAAUUUAACCAAACGCACAAAAAUACGUGCUAUUAAAGUGCAAAUUACCGGCAAAGGCAAGUGCAAAUGGAUUGAAAUUCUACGUAAAAAUUCCAACAAUGAAUCAGCGCGAAGUCUCUUCUAUUCUAGCAAAGAAAUUUACGCACACAAUGAGCACACAUUACCUGUCUUCGAGCCGCGCGGCAUUGAGUUGAAUCCCGGCGAACACACUUUCGAAUUUACUGUCCCGCUCGAAUACAAUCUACCAUCUAGUUUUAAGGGUAGCUACGGUUCUAUAAAAUAUAAAUUGCGUAUAGUCAUCCAAAGGCCAUGGACAUUCGACGAACGUCACAUUAUUCCACUAACCGUGUUGAAACAUAUGCCGCUCUCACCGUGUUAUCGCUCGAAUCCCACAUCGUUGGAAAAACAAAUUACCAAAACUAUCAGCCUAUUUGGUACACGUCCCAUAACAAUGCUGGCAUUGUUGCCGGAAGAUUCAGCGGUACGCGGUGAACCGUUGCGAAUUUGUGUCACUGUCACCAAUAACAGUACGACAAAUGUGGAAAAAUUACGAUUUAGUGUGCUACAGUAUAUCUGGUAUUACAGUCAUGUACCGUUACGUGUGCAAAAAAUGGAAUGUGUGCCAAUAAUCAAUAAAGAGACCGGUGCAGUUCACAAGAAGAGCGAACGUUCUUUUGCGCAUGAGCUAAUGAUACCGCCGACGACGCAACCGACCGAUGAUGAGUUGAGCGGUGUUAUAAAUAUAUCGUAUGAGUUGCGAGUGGAAGCGGUGCUGCGUGGUUUUUUUAAGAAUCUCGUACUUAAUCUACCCUUUAAGAUGUACUCGAGUGGUGCUAGCGGUGUGCUUAACAAUCUAUCUGGGGGUCCACCAAGACCGCCACCACGUUAUGGCAAUCGCAAUAGUGUUAAUAUUGGUAUGGUAGCGAAUGUAACAAUGAAUGGUGCAGGCAAUCCUUUUGAGAAUAGCGCUACCCCCUUGAGUAUUGCAACUUAUCCUUCACUUGAUUCAUCUAUUGGCUCACCAUCGCACUCCUCACAGUAUAGCGAAUACAGUUCAUUACGUUCAGUUAAUUCACAUUCUUUUGGUACAAGUCCUAUUUUAGCCGGUGAUAUUCCAGAUACAUCUGGCACAUCUUCUAAUUCUUCUACCACGACAUUAAGUCCUGCUUUGGCGGAAGAUGUAUCAUAUACUUCUGGCGCAUCGCCUCAAUUCAAUAGUUCUUCGACGCGUGCUAGUUUGCGCAGUUCAACGGUCCCUUAUGUUAUGUAUCCGCCGAGUAGUAGUCCACUCAUGAUCAACUCAUAUCCGCCAGCACAAGUGCCAACAUAUCCGUCACUAUCGGAAUCACCCGGUUAUUCUUUAAUGCGUUUACCCGAAGAUAUAUUACCUCCACCACCCAUCACACCGCCCUCAGCAUCGACAGUAGGCGUACUUUUACGUCAGGAAUCUUCCACGUCAGCGGCACGUUCGUCGUUUCUACAUGGAAUGCAGCCACCUGGAGCACAUGAACUGCCACCAUCUUACGAAGAACUCUUCGGCUCUGCAACUGCACCACCGCCAGCAUCCAAAUGAUACUGCGACUAUUUCCAGAUAUAAAAUACUUUAACUGACAAUUCACUAAACACUACUACGGCGCCAAAAGUUACUAGACCCACCCAGGAAUGAGUAGAAUAUGGACUUGCUGGGCACGCCACGUGUUCUAAAUAAAUAAUAAGAUAAAAUUAUGGUUUAUUGAUUUUGGUCGCAAAAUUUA